UUUAUUUUUAUUUCAUACACUGAUAAAAUACAUACAACAAAUUUACAACAAAUGUACCGGUAGCAACAUCCUUGACACUUCCACUGCUUCCACGCUGUCCUUACAAAUUUUUUGUAAACACAAGCACGUGUUCUAACCUAUAAAAGCUGCGACACGUCAAAAUAACUUUUAAUUUUAUACACUGAGAAUGAAACUUUCAGUAAAUUGCGAGUAUUUAUGCACUUUUGUUAUCGGCACGCUAAUCGGAGCAACCGCCACUUACGUGUUCGUAAAAGGUCGCAAAAAAACACCCCUCAAAAAACUGAAAGAUCCACCAAACAUCAUAGAAGCAUGUUUUGAGUCAAAAAAUCAGAGCAUAGAUGGUGGAUAUCAGCUGGUAAUUGCAGUUCGUACAGACAUAAAAAUGCAAAAGGGAAAAGUAGCCGCUCAGUGUGGUCACGCAAGUGUUGCAGCUUACACAAUAGCGUCAGCGAACAUACCAAAUAGACUGAUGAAGUGGCUCAUGUGUGGAGGACCGCUAAUUACUGUGUGUGUGGGCUCAGAAGAAGAAUUGUUAAAUUUAAAGAAAAAAGCAAAAGCCAUUAAUGUAAUAUCUUGUGUGAUUAGAGAUGCAGGCCAUACACAAGUUGCCCCGGGCACACGUACCGUGAUUGCUAUAGGACCGGGGCGCAAAAAUCUUUUAGAUCAGAUUACUGAAAAUUUAAAAUUGUAUUAGUUACGAGAACUCCUUAUUUACUUUUUUCUAUAAUACAUAAAUCUUAAAAAGUCAA